AGUAUUGUAGAUCGUUUUGAUAGAGAAGGCCGAAUUACUUCUAAACCACGAGGUGGUGAUAAAAAAUCAAUAUUAAAUGAGCAACACAAAAAUUUUUUAGAGGAAGCUAUUGAGCAGGAGCCUUGGAUUACUAUUGCAGAUCUAAUCCAAGAAUUAGUGGAUCAGUUUCCAAAUCUACAGUUAAGUGAUCGGACUGUUGCACGGUAUAUAAGAAAUAUGGGUUUUACCUUAAAAAGACUGACAGUAGUACCAGAAGGUCGAAAUUCUGAUGACACAAUUCAAAAAAGAAAACAAUAUGUAGAAAGAAUUUAUAAUGAAAAUAUUAAUAUUUAUAGUGACAUGGUUUAUAUCGAUGAAACUGGUUUUAAUCUUCAUCUUUCAACAUUGAGAGGUCGUGCACGCCAUGGGCAACCAGCAAUCCGUAAGGUUGUAAAUAAUAGGAGAAAAAAUAUAUCUGUUAUUGCUGCAAUUAAUGAAGAUGGAGUCUUGCACUAUAAGUCUAUUUUAGGUUCAGUAAACGAAGAAAUUUUGACUACUUUUAUUAAUGAACUUAAUGAUAUUAUUCCAAGUGGUAAGUUUUUAGUAAUGGACAACGUUCGUUUUCACAGAACCGAUGUAAUUAAAGAAGCCAUUGAAAAUACUAUACAUGAAAUUUUCUACCUCCCUCCUUAUUCUCCUUUUUUGAACCCGAUUGAAAAUUGUUUUUCAAAAGUUAAAAAUUCUGUUGCAAGAAUUCAUUUAAGAAAUAGAGAAACCAUUUUAGGUAGGAUUAAUGAUGCAUUCAAUAUAGUUACGGAAGAGGAUUGUAAAGGGUGGAUAAGGCAUACUUCUUCGUAUUUUCAACCUAUUUUGGGUGUUUAUUAUUUUAAUAAUAAAUAUGAUAAUGUUGGUAAUGAAAAUGAACUCGUUGCUGAAAUAGCUGCGAGCAUUUUUAGAGCUGCCGCACUAUCUGGUGCUUCUACUAGAAUUCAUGAGGUUUUGGAAUUAUGUGACAGAAUAGAACAAGACUAUGUUGGUAAAGGUUUAUUGCGAGCUGCCGAUUUGGAUGUCAAGGAUCAAAAAACAGUUGAUGAAUUUCUCUUGAAAUUGGAUAACAUUCCAAAUAAAUCAAACCUUGGUGCAAAUGCGAUUCCUGGUAUAUCUUUUGGAGUCACUAAAGCUGGUGCUACUAAAAAGCCGAUCUUACUGGAAGUAAAAAACCUUAUGUUCUUUCUAUAUCCAUUUUCAAUCAUAAAAAUUGGUUCUGAGGUUUAUCAUUCUUUGAAAUCUGUUAUCAAAUCAAAAUAUGAUCAAGAUGCUACUAACGUUAGUGAUGAAGGUGACUUCGCUCCAAAUAUACAAGACAAUAAAGAAUGUUUUAAACUACUUAAAGAUGCUAUUAAAAAGCUGGUUCUAACUAUAAAAAUAGAGGGUGAAUAUUAA